UUCUAACUGUCCAGGAGCGGCGACUGCACAGCGCAGGAGCGGCCGAGAGGAGUUACCCCACGUCCAAGCGCCACCUCCAGGAGUCCUCAACUUCACUGAAGGGUCAUCUAUUGCAUACUACUUGAAGAACAACCUUAUGGCUAAACUGGAGUUUGUACAUCAUUUACUUAGACCAAGAGACAAGACCCCCUUGAAAACCAGAGUUGUGCGACAUUCUUAA